GUUUUCUCAUACUCUAACUCUACUCUCUCUCUUCUCUCUCUCUCUCUCUAAAGCUGAUCAGUCGAUAAAGCAAUGGCUCGCUCCACAUUCGUGAUCUUCGCUAUCUUUGCACUGAUCUCUGCCUCGGCUUUGGCUCAGGCUCCGUCAUCGGCGCCGACUGGCGCUCCGACCAAGUCUCCGCCGGCUUCCACUCCACGUCCUUCGGCCGCUCCUCCGACCAAGACCUCGGCUCCGACCCCUUCUCCCAAAGUGUCGCCGCCAGCUUCCGCACCGGUCUUUCCUCCAUCUAUUCCUUCCAUCUCUCCGCCGAGCCCUACUCCGGCUCUCUCUCCUCCGGCUCCUUCCACGGCCGGUCCAUCCUCAGAGAUUCCUCCCUCUUCGAUUGGCAACGUUCCGGCAGGAUCUCCGACGAGGACGCCGUCUAGCGGAUACAGAAUCGUCGCCGCCGCCGGAUCUGUAGUCGCUGCCGCUUUCGCGACCUCGCUCUUGAUGUAGAUCUGAUUGGGAAGUUUCACCGUUCCCCCACCGGAGAUGCAGAUUCUAGGUUUUUCUAUUUCAGUUAGGGUUUAGUAGUCAUUGGUUCUAGAUUUUUAAUAUUUUGGAUUAGAUUAGAGGUGAUGUGAUGGUAGAUGAUUGACCAUUGUUGGUAUCGAUGGACGACGACGACGACGAUUUGAGUUUAUUCGGUUCUUUUGUUCUUA